AUGAUGAUGAUGCUCUAUUUUUGGUCUAUCAAUGAAACACAAACACAAACAAUGAGAAUGAUGACCAUGAAUAGAAGCAUGGUAUGCACUAUCUUCAGAAGUUUGGGGGUUGUAUGUUCCCAGGACAUCACCAAAAACCCGUUCAUCUCCUUUGGUGGCCCAGCAAUGGUGAGGUGGGAUGAAGGCAAAUUCAAUCACAAGGUGAAGGUUAGCAUUAAGCAAUGAUAAUAAUAAUAAUAGUAAUGAUAAUAAUAGUAAAGUAAAGUGAAGCUUGAUAAAGAGGAGGUGAUAAAGCAUCUGGAAGAUGGGACCCAGUACAAAUUUCUAGGUGUACUAGAAGACAUCAGACAAGAUGACAAGAUGGCCUAA